CUUGGCGGCAGCAGGCGGCAACUGAUUUUGGUUUUUGUUGUUUUUUUAUCGAAAUUCCUAACAAUUUCACAAUAUUUUUGUAUUUCAUGCAACGUUUUAGUAAAUCGGAUUCUAAUAAAUCCGAUCUUAUAUAUCGCCAUGCCAACGACUAGGAAAAAGGUAGUAAAAACUGUAUACAAAGACGAAGACGAAAGUGAACAAGAAGAUGGGCACGAUUUCAGUGAUUCCGGUUCUGAAGCAGAGUUUUCUGAUCAUGUCUCAUCUGAUGAGGAAGAGGAGUGUCCAGUAUCCUCAGAUGAAGAUUUUAAGAGCACAAAAGGCAACAAAAAUAUAAAGCGUGCUUCAGCUGUAAAGAAAGUAAACAAAGCAAAUUUUAGAAAAUCUUUCAUUACAAAAAUAAAUAAACAACAAGAAAGUGAAGAAAACGCUGAUACGCCAGUGCUUUUUUCUGUUAAAGACCUAACUGAUUCUGACAAACUCUUACCAUCUAUUCUUAACCUAUCUGAAAGUGACAGCAGUGAUGAUGAAUCUCCUAGAAUAACCACAAAGAAAGCUGCACCAAGUAUUGUACCAGAAAAGUCUGAUGACUCAGAAAAUGAAACAGAAUCUAAAGUUGAAUAUAAGGAUGUGUGGGCUAAUAAUAUACAUGAUGAAAGUGAAGAGAUUGCUAAAAAGACUUUCUUGGAACUGGAACAGCAUAAAAAUAAAAUGGAGGAAACGAAAAUAUCAAUCCAAAACUAUGCUGCAAAAAUGGACACAGAAACAGUCAGUAAUGUGAAGGAUUUAUUGGCUCUUGGUGAAGAGGAAAUGCCACAGCCGAGUGUUUCAAGCCAAUCUAAGAAACGGAAAAAGAAAGUAGUAAAUGAUGAUAGUGAUUCUGAAAUGGAAGAUUGGGAGGAAGUCAAAGAGGCCAAAGCUAUACCACAACAAGGAUUACAACUAAUUGUUGACAUUCCUAAUGCUGUUUGUAGAAAAACAAAGAAAUUGGAUGUUGAGAUGAUGAUGAAAAGAAAAAUCAACAGAGUGAAGAAAGAGUAUCAAGUGUACAUGCAUAAAGUGCAUGUAUUAUGUUGGUUGGCUCAUGGAAAUUACGUCAGCGGAGUAUUGAAUGAUCAAACUAUAAUGGCAGCUGCAUUGUCUUUAGUUCCAUCCAAAGAAUGCUAUCCUGGAGAAAGAGUAGACAUGAAAUAUGUAGAACAAAUUACUUCUUGGUAUAAAGACAAAGUAACACUAAAGCAGGACAAACAUGAAAAUAAAUUUAGACCAAAAGCACCACCUUUAAAGGACAUUUUACAACAACAAAUAAAGAACAGAGUUUUCACUACUAAGAAAUAUAUAGUAUUUGUAUUUGUUUCAAUGUUAAGAAGUCUUGGUUUACAAUGCAGAGUUAUGUUUAAUUUUGUCACUCUUCCAAUUAGACCUCCUAGUUCUGAAUUAUGUUCACUAUCUACUAAAUCGAACGAUGCGAAAAAUGAAGAUAAAAAAGAAAAUAAUUCAUCCGCAAAAGUAAAGCAAUCGGGUAAAAAGAGAGCAUCUAGUAAGUCAAAAGCCAGCAAGGAAAAAAUACCUCAGCUUGAUGGGAAUUACGAUAUGAGUUGUUCUAGUGACAGUGAUAACAUUAUGCAAGUAGAUGGUAAUGAUGAUAGUUCAACAAAUAAAACUAAAAAACAAAAAAAUACAACAAAUUCCAGAAAACAUGUAAGCAACGAAACAAACCUAGAUGAAGGUAUUGUUUCGCCACCAAAAAGAGCUCGAAGAAAUUGUAGAACACAAAUACAAACUGAAAAGGAAGACAGACAAAUUAAAAAUGAAACCAGCCCUAAAAAACUACAUGAAACUGAUGUCAAAACUGAAACUGCAAAAUCCCGAAAAUCUCUAUCAUUAAAUCGUCUUGAAUCAAAAAACAUUGUGCAACCAGAACCGAAGGACGAAAAAAUCAGUAAAAGUGUGGAAAAUCUUGUGGAACAAGUCAAAAGCUCACGGAGGACUCGAAGCACCAAAAACUCUGUAAACGCAACUUUACCUAAACCUGAAAUACAAGCAAAAGAAAGCACUAAAACUGUUUCUAAAAAGACCACCGGGAAAGUACCUGAAACAAAAGUCACAAAUGAAAAAGUAAUAAAAAAUAUUGUACAAUCAGAACCAAAUCUUGAGAAAAUCAGUAAAAGUGCUGAAAAUCUUGUAAAACGAGUCAAAAUCUCGCGGAGGACUAAAAACACGGAAAACUCUGUGAAUGUAGACUUACCUAAAUCUAAUCAACAAGCGAAAGGGAAUACAAAUAAAACUGUGGACACCGCAAAAGUACCUGAAAUAAUAGUUACAAAUGAAAAUGAUAAUGUUUCGAGUAAGUAUUUUGGAAACGAUUUAUCGACUUCUGAAAUAUCAGUACCAAUGACCAGAAAACGUUCCAAAACAUCAGAACCUAUUGCAUCUCAAAGUAAAAAAGACACAACAACUGAAAAAAGAGUGAGAGCUAAAAGUACUCAAAAUAAUACUGAAAGUAAAUAUUUUACUGAUAAUAUUGAUAUAACAGCAACAAGAAAAACCAGAAGUAAUAAUAAACAGAUUGGGCUUCCUUCUGAAGACGGUAAAAGAGUAAGUCAUAGAGAUUUACAAAAAAAAGCAAAAGGGAAAAAUGAUGUAACAGAUGACCUAAUUCAUAUCAUCAAAGGAAGGGUUAGGGAAGCAAAAGAAGAUUCCAAAAAGUUAAUGGUGAAAGAGAAGAUAAAAAAAGAAUCUGACGAAGAUAGCGAUUAUUUGCCAGUAGAGUCUCCAAAGGGUAAAAUAUCUGAAAGUGAUGAUGAUUUUAAACCUACUAAGACUACCCCCAAAUCAAGAGUUAAAACUGUUAAAAAAGUCGAUCGUCGCGUUAUAUCAACAGAUGACGAAUUACAACAGAAUAACCUUAAUAAAAUUGACGUAUGGUGUGAAGUAUUUGUAGAAGAACUUGAGGAAUGGAUUGCUGUAGAUGUAAUUAAAGGCAAUGUGCAUUGUGUCAACGAAAUUUACGGCCGAGCGACUCAUCCGGUCACUUAUGUCGUGGGUUGGGACAACAACAAUUACUUAAAAGAUUUGACUCGGAAAUAUGUGCCACACUGGAAUACUAUCACCCGGAAACAACGUGUGGAACCUGUUUGGUGGGACGUGGCCUUGAAACCAUGGUUGGGACCAAAAACUGCGAGAGACAGAGAGGAAGACGAGCGAUUGGACAGAAUGCAGCUUGAAGCACCUUUGCCCAAAGUUAUUGGAGAAUAUAAAAACCAUCCACUAUACGCAUUAAAGCGUCACCUCCUCAAGUUCGAGGCAAUAUAUCCGCCCGAGGCACCGACGCUCGGCUUUGUUCGCGGCGAACCCGUGUACGCGCGCGACUGCGUGUACGUUUGCCGCUCACGAGACACGUGGCUGAAGGAAGCUAAAGUCGUCAAACUUGGCGAACAACCCUACAAGGUUGUUAAGGCUCGACCGAAAUGGGACAGGCUUUCCAACAAACUGAUAACAGACAAACCUCUCGAGGUGUUUGGACCGUGGCAAGUUCAAGACUAUGAGCCGCCCACUGCCGAAAAUGGCAUCGUCCCACGCAACGCAUAUGGCAAUGUGGAGUUAUUCAAGGAUUGCAUGUUGCCCAAAGGCACUGUUCAUUUGAAAUUACCCGGCCUGAACCGUGUAGCAAAGAAACUGAACAUAGAUUGCGCUCCAGCAAUGACAGGGUUCGAUUUUAACGGGGGCUGGUCCCAUCCUGUCUAUGAUGGAUUUGUUGUAUGCAAGGAAUUUGAAGAAGUUAUAACGGAAGCUUGGAUAAAGGAUCAAGAAGAUCAGGAGCGCAAAGAGCAAGAGAAGAUCGAGGCUCGCGUGUAUGGGCAUUGGAGAAAACUUAUACGCGGUCUACUCAUAAAGGAACGGCUUAAGGCUAAAUACGGUUUCGAGGAACCCAGCACAUCACAGGACAAGAAGAAAGGUCCUAGGCUGGUUGUGAAAAAGAAAUAGACAUUUUAAGUUGAAUGCUCACUGAAGGCGUACCGUUAUUGAAGCUCAUAAGCCGAACUCAAUGCCGUAUGUAUAUUUUCGGUACUGAAAAUGCGAAUAUCGUCAGCCGCAUCGAACGUGUUGCAGAUAUGCAUUGAUGUCAGCAGCCGCCACAUUUAUCACGCAACUUACUUACCUGAAAUAUGCGUUUCGUGCGACUUGCAGGUCGUCUUAUAAUCGUAGUGAGCGUUCAUUUUUAAAAUAAUAUUGCCAUAAAACUUUAAUGGCUAGAAAGAAAGAAUCAUUGCAGUUUUGUAUCAAAAGGCAAGCCGGCCAUUAAUUUCAUUAUUAUUUGUUUAAGUAGUUUUUAAUCUAUACUUAUAUUACCAAAAGUACAAAAACCUUUAUCUAAUACAAUAAACCCGCCUACCUACUCGUAUAAUGUAUCGAAGCCUUCAAUCAAUGUAUAAUAGCUGUCGAUUUUAUUUGUUUUGCAUGCUGUUGUUAGUUUUUUAUCUUUUUUAUAGUUUAGAGCUAAGAUAAAACCUGAAUCAUGUAUGAAAGCAUAUUACUCAAAAAUUAUGUUGAAGCUUCUAAAGUUACCCACAAUAUUAAACUUAACUAACUUGGCAGGUCUAAAAGUAGUUAUGGGCCUUCUUUUUCUCUGAGAAAAAGAAUGACUUUAUGUUUAUUUGAUUUUAUUACUAAUAAAAUAAAAUGUAAAGUGCUGGUGAAGUCUAUAGUGUUAUGAACACGUAGAUUGGCUCAUGAGUCACUCAUAAUAUUACAAACUGGGCUGACCUUGAUUUUGACCAUAUUUUGACAUUUAGCCAUGUCGCUACUGGAUCGCAAUGAGUCAUCUCAUAUAGAACUGUCAUGUUGAUAGCGACAACAUUCUUUAUUUAAACUGAACUAAAUUGUCUAAUCUAAUCUAUUAUUUACCACAGGGAGCGAUAUGAAAUAUAUUUAGAUCUGUCAUUUUAAUUUAAUUGUAAACACAAGAAUGUCUUGACAGGUUGCGCCUCGUGCGAGUAUCGUGUCAAAAAAUUUAGAAUUGGUUGCGAUCAUAAUAUUUAUCUACCUCUGUUUUAUGUAUAAGAAUCUCUAUUCCUUGUGGUUUUAUGUCUUAACAAUUACUUAGCGUUAUUGUUUUAUCCCGAAUUCAUUACUUUAAGCAAUACUAAUGUUAUGAACAAAGGUAAGUUAUAGUUUUUGAAUUUCACGAUUACGCGUGGCUCAUGCUUGUGUAAAGUGAAAUAAAUGUGUGCGUUUGCGGGCGCUUGCUCGGUCGGAUAGGCACGCACACUUACGCAAUGCGCUUGUAUACGACGUAACCACAAGUACAGUUCACGCGCGCUCGUGUAUUGCACGAACUAGUAUAACUACUAAUAAUAUAGAUUAGUAAAUAAUUAAGUAUUAAAUAAGUAUUGUGAUUUUACAGAAAUUAUGCCAGUGAUCCCGGAAUUUAAUUUUUCAUUUACAAUAAUUGUUUCAAUUUUUAUUCGUCAUUUUAAAUGUAUCAUUAAUAAUAUUGUUUAUAAUAAAAGUUGUUUACUUUACAAAAUAGUGCUAUUUUAAUUUUCAUAACUAUUAUAAAUGAACCAGCCCAGGAGUUAUAAAGUACCCUCACACAUUAGCGGUAGCGGCUUUAAUAAUCGUCUUAUCAUAUCAUUAAUAAUCGUCUGGUAACCGCGUUUAUUACAGCGUAAAAUAGUUUAAAAAAAUGAUAUAAGACUACAAAUCAUAUUGGAUUGUCGCCUAUGGUUAUGCUUGCUUAUGCUGGCUUGCCUAUGGUCAGCCUAAUUUGCACCUCAGCGUUAAAUGCCUCACUUGUAAUAAAUAUCUAUACUAAUAAAGUAAGCGAAAGUAUCUGUACUUCUGUUUACCAUUUACGGUCCAUCCGCUUAACCGAUUUUAACGAAAUUUAGUAUAGAGUUUAGUACAUAAGUUGUAUUAUUUUAUCAUUCGGAAUACCAGUAUCCACGGGAUUUUUAAAUACCUAAAUGCACGCGAUAAAAAUCAAGGGGUAUUUGAAUAAAAGAAUAUUUUAUUGCAUAUUUAUUUAAUAAAAAGUGAGAAAGUUGGUUCGCAAUACCAUGCAAUAAGCUGCUUUAUAUUAUGAGAUACUAUUUUAUAUUAUGCAUAGUAUUUUGCAAAAGCCUCCAAGCAUUAAAUCUAGCACAGCUUAUUGCUGUUAUAAAAUUAUGAAAUGACAAAAGUAUGUACAAAAUCAUUGGUGUAUAUUAACAUGUAUGUAUAAUGAUCGCUUCAGAUCUUUUAAGAUAAGAUCUGGUCGGUCGAAACGAUUGCAAUACACAAUCUUUGCCGCGUUUACAGGACAGUUUUAC